AUGAAGAAUGAAAUAUGGGAAGAUUUAUUGUAGCCACUUUCAUUUAAGUUGUAAAUUGCAGGAACUGAUUUAACUAUAAAGUUAUAAGACAACUUAUAAACUGAUUCUUGGUUCGAGGAUCUUUUGGACGGUAUCAAUUGAAUGAUUUCUAGAAUCUUGGUGA